UCGUCUGUUUGUGUUUGCAAAAUAACUAGAAAACGGCAGAACGGAUUUUUUACCGAAUUUAGCAGAAAUACAUAUUUAGUGAGUGGCUCGAACUCGUUAUUUUGGUUUGAUUAUCUUCAAAACUGCGGACAGAAGAACAAAAAGAAAAGUUGACCCAAGGACUAUUUGAACUUGGAACAUAAGCAACUCUAAUUAUUGCAGAUUUUUCUUAUAUUCGUGAAGUUUCCACCUGGUUCACAUUGGUGGUAAAACUCCAAACUGCUUUAAUGUUGAAUCAUGGCUACGACUCAGUCCGACAACAAUUUCCGUCAGCUGCCACCUGGAACAAAACUUUUGGAUCACCAAGUAGCCGGGCACCUUGUGAAUCAAAAGAACAACGUAAUACCUUUCCUUCAGACAAAGGAUAAGACUUUACUGAAACUCAUCCAACUCCCACCACGGGGUCGUCGUGAACUAAAUUUUUACCAGACUGUCUUUGAUGAAAAGGCUGAGUCAGAUCCCAUCCUCAGACGCUUGAAGGACUUCUUACCGUACUUCUAUGGCACUUGCAAAUUCGAUAUUUUCCCUGAUGAACUGUACCUUCACUUGGAAGAUAUGACAGUUGAAUUUGAAAAAGCUAGUAUUGCUGACAUCAAGAUUGGAAGCCAAACUUACGACCCCGAAGCUUCUGCUGAGAAAAUUCAAUAUGAAAAAAUUAAAAAUCAGUUUUCAACGGAGGUUGGUUUUAAAAUGGGAUUUCGGGUGUAUCGUCCUUCAACUGAUACCUUUCAUUUCCCCUGUCGAAAGAAGCUUCUGCAACUUGACCAGUUUCGAAUUUUAGAAGAAGGUAUUGGUGAAUAUUUUAAUUUGUCUGAAAGUUUACGCAAAGAUGCAGUCUUUGCAAUCUUACUUGAGCUCAUCGACAUCAAAAACUGGUUUGAAAAUCAACGAAAAUUUGCAUUUUAUUCCUCUUCCUUACUGUGCAUUUAUGAAGGGCUUUGGCCUUGUAAGCAGCAUUUAGCAGCAGUGUCCCAAUUACCUCCAUCAAAUCAUUCUAUUGUAAACAAAAACAACGGUGAUUGUCGUGCAAUGACAAAUAUCGAAGAUCUUCUGCAGAGUUCAUAUGGCAAAAGAGAUUCUUGUGUCAAAGUGAAGAUGAUUGAUUUCAGUCAUGUGUAUGCAACAUGUGAAAGGGACAAUAAUUAUUUAAUUGGAUUGGACAGUCUAAUUAACUAUUUAAAAAGGCUACUUACAGAGUUAUAAAAUUGCUAAUUAAUAAAAUAUCAACUCCAGCAAGUCAGCUCCAGUCCAACGCAGCAACAGAUACAAACUGGUUGUUCCGUCUCUUGCUGCUGACCGUCUCGUUUACUGCUUUUUAUUUUUAUGCUUUCACAGCUUUUAACACUUUCGGACAUGGUAUAUAAUAAUAAUAUAAAAUAAGCUACGUGAAUCUAAAGAUUCAGGUAGCUUAUUUUAAUAUUAUCAAAAGUAACAACAAAAUAUCAGAGUGGAUGGAUCAGUUGAUAAACUGUGCUUGAAAUCCACUGAAAAUGUUUAACUUUUGAGAAGGUCCACUUCAUCAUUGAGAUAAACAAUUGAGAUGAUGGGGAGAGAGAGAUAAGUCAUAAGGAAGCAGCUUCGUUUUUAGCAAACUGCUUCACCUCAUGAAGGUGUGGCUGUUGGAGUUUGCUGUAAAUUCAUCACAAAGUAAUGACAUUUACCUGACAAAUCUGUCAUGGUUUUUUUUCCCUUUUUUUUUUAUCCACUGAGUAAAUGUAUUGUAAAACAUGGAAACAAACCGUUUUAUGCUCUGAAAAUUUUUAGAAAUCUUCCAAAAAGAAUAAGACAUGAAGUAAUGAAUUAACAGUCUCCAGUAAUUCUGUAUCCUACAAAGAAACAAUGUAGUUCUGUGAGAAGGAUUCAAUACAUCGUCUAUAAAUAAUGAAAUAAGAAAAUAUUGAAUUAUUUGAGGAAUUGCUCAUAGGCCCAGGAAUGUGGUUAAGACGUGUGCUUCCUCAACCACAUGGUUUUAAGUUCAGUCCCACCGUGAGUCGCCUUGGCUAAUGAAAGCCCUCUGAAUGGAUUGAGUAGACAGAAACUGAAAGAAGCCUGUCACGUAUCUGUGGCUUGUGUGUCUGUCCCUCCAUCUUUGUCUUGACACGGGUAAUUGUUGUGAAUAAGGGACACUGCCAUGCAUUUGAAAUACUCUGUGAAUACAAGUCUGACCAAGGGGCAAAUGUAACCUACUUAAUAGGAAGAGUAUCUGACCA